UUAAGAGGUCUCUGGCUUGACAGCAACUUUAUUUUUUGCUUUUCCUUUCUUGCUUAAAAAUCAAUAUAAGUUUAAAUAAUUCAAAUUACUCAUCACUAAGGAUGCCCAGAACGUAAAUUUUUCGGUGGCCUGAAAUUCUCAAUCUGCCAAAUAGAACUCCAAAUUUUGCCGAAUUAUGAUAAUUUUGCCGAACCGUUAGACAAAAUUCACGGAAUAAGGACAAUUUUGGGAGGUCACGGUGACCUCUCGUGACUUCCCAUCGGGGCAACCCUGCUCAUCACCAUUAAAACUUGUAUUGAGCGUCAGUAAAUCGAAGCAGCAUUUAGCUUUUAUACUCUUACUUCGAGCACUGUUACUACGCUCACUCUUAACGUUUUUUCAGUUCUUGGUAGGAAUCUCUUCUAAUUAAUUUUUUUCUCAAUUUAAAGAUGAAUAUAUUAUUAAAGUUAAUGACAAAAGUUGGAAUUUGAUGCAUUCGCUCACACACGAUCAUACGAAAUACUGCAAUAGGUUAUAAAACGCAAUUGGUGUUUGUAAGAGGUUCAAAGUAAGCCCCGCACCUAACCCAUGGUACAAAAGGGAGAAGAACUCGCAAAGGGUUGAAGCUAUAUUCUUCGUUAUCUAAAUAAAAUUGGCACUAGAUCGAACUUGAUUCGCCAACAAUCCGAUGGAAUCGGAAAUAAAGAAAAAUCCAAGGUCAAUAAAUUCAUACCCAAAUUAUGUACUUUUAUCGUUUUCCAAUUUAAAUCCUUUAUCUUUAGAAAACCAUUAGGGAUCAUAAUGUUUGUAAACAUUGCAACGUCUAUUAUGCUCUUCGAGUUUCAACCUUCAGCCAAAGCUUUGUAAUCACCUUUUUCUAAUAAUAACCUAUUAAAUAUCCUCAUUUUUUUCCGAAGGCCUGAGCAAUUUCAUUGUUUUUCGCUGACGAAUUUCCUUCUAAGUCUGAGGAGGUUUUGACAUUAUAUGUAUCGAAAUCGGAAUAGAUCUGGCAUUCUGCUUUCUUCUAUCAGUUCAUCACCAAGAUUUGGCGACAAAUUGUGCUACGGUUCUUGAUACAUUCGAAUAAUCAAAUUCCAUAUUUGCAUUGACGCUGUGAAUUAUGGCUGAGACGAAAAUGAUGAGUCCUGAAGAAGAAAAGGCUGUCAAAGAAUUAAAAGAGAGACUCCAAGGAACUGUGGAUGAAGAUUAUGGGGAUGACCUAUUAUUCUACAGGUUCUUGAAAGCAAGAGACUUUAAUCUGAAUGCAGCAGAGAGUAUGCUUAGAAAGCACUUGGAAUGGAGAAAAGAAAAGAAUAUUGAUGAAUUUAUGAAGACAUACACUCCCCCAGAGAUCCUAGCGAAAUAUUUCCUGCUUACUGAUCUUGGAUAUGACAAAGAUGGCUGCCUUGUUCGCUACUGGCCAAUUGGAAACGUGGAUUUCAAAGGUUUCUUUAAGUGUUUCAAGUUUUCCGACUUGGAGAAGUUUUUCAUAUACACUCACGAAUCAGAAUCGAAAAAAUUGGAGGAGCAAAGCAAAAAGCAUGGGAAAAGAAUUUAUCAAGUGGCAUACAUAUAUAAUAUAGAGGGCAUUACAUUUGCAAAAGCAACUGAUAAGAAAGUUAUCGACACAUUCAUCACUAUUAGCAACGCCUUCUAUGCAAAUUAUCCAGAACGCAUGAAAUGUUCCGUUGUCAUUAAUACCUCUCCGUAUUUCGCUCUGUUUUUUUCCGUGAUCAAAAAGUUCAUACCAUCUACAACCCUAAGUAAAAUAAAUGUUUUUAGCUCAGAUGAGUUCAAAGAAUUUCUCUUAAAAGAAAUUGAUGCAGAUCAGCUGCCAGCCUUUCUAGGGGGAACCAGAACAGACCCGGAUGGAAACCCACGUUGCAACUCAUUUGUGGUGCAUGGGGGUCUAAUUCCCGAGAAGCACUACAUUCAUAAGAGCAAACGAUCUUUAGCCAAUAUGCCUGGCGUGAAGGAGAUCACGUUAUCCAGAGCUUCUUUCCACGAAGAACCAGUUGAAGUGAGGGAAGGCCAGUCCCUCCUCGAGUGGGAAUUCGAAACGAAGAGCAGAGACAUCGGAUUUGGUCUCUUCUACCAAGACAUAUCCUCUGGGGAGGAGAAAAUGGUCGAACUUGUUCCGAUUCAGCGGAUAGACACUGAUGAAUAUUCGGAAAGUGGAGUUUUCAAGUGCGAAAAGGAAGGAAAAUAUGUCAUUUUAUUUGACAACACAUACAGCUGGCUGCGACCAAAAGAAAUUUUCUUCAAAAUAUCAGUAAUAAGCCCUGAAGACCAUGCAAAAAAUUUCAAUUGUGACAUUUCUGAAAAUGGACAUUAACAAAAGUGCUUCGUUUUCUUCACUUUGUGAAAAGAAGUGGAAAAGAGUUUUGCAUUUUUCUACUUGGUAUUGUUAAACAACUAUUUUGUAAAUUCAUUUUAUGCAUUAAAUUCGUUCAUGUUGUCAUUAAUAAUAAUAA